UGAUAUUAAAUUUGUCGGCCCACUUCGCAACGAGUUAACUCAGUGGAGGCCCGGCAUGCAUUUCACAACCCACAGUCGGGGAAUUGGGCCAAUCAAGAGUCCAUUGCAGCCCGCGAUACGGGUCGGUUGGACCGAAGUUUCUACGACCCUCCUCCGAUCGAUCUCCGGCACUAUCCUCAAACGCGCCGUCGGAAACCAAUGCACUCCGGCCGCUUCCCUGCCUUCUCCCUGCCGACUGCAGCCGCGCGGAGCGGCAGAAAAGGUGUGGUCGCCAUGUCGUCCACCUCCACGCCCAGCAACCGUCAGGGGUUGAGGGAGGAGGCAGAGACGGACUCCUCCUCCUUGUCUUCUUCCUUCGCCACCGCCGCUGUGUACUACCAUAACCGGACGAAGCACUCGCUGACGGAGGGGUACGCCCGCGGCCCGCGCGGCCUCGACUGGGCCAACCAGCCCAAUCCUUUUCUCCGAUUCCUCGGUUCCCCGGUCCUCCCCCUUCUCCACCUUCCCCCUCAGCCCGGCGACUCUCCUCUCUACCGUUCGCUCUUCUCCUCCUUCCCCUCGCCGCAUCCCUUCGCCCAUGAUUCCGUCUCUCGCCUCCUCUACGACUCCCUUUCCCUCUCCGCCUGGAAGUCCACCGGCCUUUCCACUUGGUCCCUCCGCGUCAAUCCCUCCAGCGGCAACCUCCAUCCCACCGAAUCCCACCUUCUCUCCCCUCCGAUUCCCUUUCCGGAGAGUCAAAAAGGUGCCUCAUUUCCUUUUUCCUCCUCCCCUUUCCUCGCCCACUACUCCCCCAAAGACCACUCCCUCCAGCUCCGCGCCUCCGUGGAGCUGCCGGGCCUCCCAUUGGACGAUCGCUUCCUCAUCCUCACCUUCUCCUCCAUCAUCUGGCGCGAGGCUUGGAAGUAUGGCGAACGCGCGUUCCGCUACUGCAACCACGACGUCGGACAUGCCCUCGCGGCCGCCGCCAUCUCCGCCGCUUGCCUCGGUUGGGACGCCCGCCUCCUCGAUGGCCUCGGCCACGACGACCUCGGCCGCUUCCUCGGCCUCGACCGCUCCGAUUCCCUGCCGCCCGACCCACUCCCUGACUGCCCCACCCGCGGCCGUCUCCCCUGGGUCGAGGCGCAGCACCCCGACUGUGCCCUCUUGAUAUUCCCCUUCGCUGAGACGCCGCCUUCUGUCGAUUACGCUGCGCUGGCGUCGGCUUUAUCCCGUUUCCCAUCGCUUUCUUGGCUCGGGAAACCUAAUUCUCUCAGCAAGGAUCACGUUUGCUGGGACGUGAUCUACAAGACGGCCGAGGCCGUCAAGAAACCGCCGACGUACGCUGCAGGAUUCUCCGUGAACCCAUUUCAUAAGAGUGCUCUCAUAUCGCCGGACAUCUACAAGGAUCUUACUGUACGAGAGGUGGUGAGGAGGCGGCGCAGUGCGGUCGAUAUGGACGGCGUUCAUGUGAUGGAGAGGGACACCUUCUAUCAAAUCUUGCUGCACUGCCUUCCUUCCGGAGCAUCGGAGCCAGGGGAGAAGCAAGGGAAGCAAUUGGCACUUCCGUUCAGAGUCCUCACCUGGGACGCAGAGGUCCAUGCAGCUCUGUUUGUCCACCGGGUACGGGACUUGCCAAAGGGAUUGUACUUCUUGGUGCGGAAUGAGGAGCAUCUUGAUCGUCUCAAGAAGGCAAUGAGGUCGGAGUUUGAAUGGGACAAGCCAGAGGGUUGCCCUGCGAUGCUUCCGCUGUACCGGCUGGCACGAGGAGAUUGCGGAGAGCUAUCCAAACAGCUUUCUUGCCACCAGGACAUUGCCUCAGAUGGGUGUUUUAGUCUUGGCAUGGUUGCUCGUUUUGAGCCAAUUUUGCACGAAAAGGGUGCUUGGAUGUAUCCUCGUCUGUUCUGGGAGACUGGAGUUCUGGGUCAAGUAUUGUACCUCGAAGCACAUGCAGUUGGUAUAUCGGCUACUGGAAUUGGUUGCUACUUUGACGAUGGAGUUCACGAGGUUCUUGGACUGGAAGGCUUGGAGUUUCAAAGCCUUUACCACUUCACCAUCGGCAAGCCAGUGGUCGAUAAGCGAAUUAUGAGUCUCCCUGCAUAUCCUGGCCCUGGAAUAGAUGCAUAAACUUAUCUCAAAGCUUCUGUAGCACAACCUGGAGUACUUGGGGCAAGGACUGCUAGUGACCCCAUUGAUGAUCUUGUAUAGUGACGGAUGUAAUGUUAAACAAAGGAUCAUGAGAUUUUGUUUUUCUUUACCAUUACAAAUUAUGAAAAGAAAGAUUCA